AUGGACUCAUCGAUCAAAAACGAAUCUCGCAUUGCAUAUUGUAAUGGACGUGCUUGUCCUCUAUGCCAUAAGUGUUUGGAUUGGUAUUUUGAAGCUGAAAAUCAUAGAGAUUGUGAUUAUGAUAACCGUUCCUAUGCUCAUCAUCUUGGUCCUCUUGUUAGUCCACUUUAUCGAUGGCGUCGUCGUGUUGAUGCAACUUGUGGUUAUCGAUCAUACCCUCAUUACGUUCACUAUGCUACUUAUCAUGGGUCUUGUCCUUACAAUUGCCGUCCUUCUGCUCCUCAUCAUUCGCUACUAGCUAUUCAUGAACCUCCUAUAUGUCACUACAAACGCGAGAAUUGA